UUUAUUUACUUCCGGGGAAGCGUCCUCGGUCUCGGUUAGUUUAGUUUCUGGUCUGUGGUCCGGGACCAUAUGUUAACGGCCUAAACCAGGCGCUUUGAACGCCAGUUAGCGAAGCAGCCCGGGGAAUGUGUCCGCUGUGAUUCGAAGUCUGCACUCAUGUCGGGCAGGAGCAGCGGCGUGGAGUGGGUUGAGACCACCGAGGAGGUGGUCGCGACAGAGGAGUGCCCACCACCGGAGAGCAACACCCCCGCAGUGAUGCCGGAUUUAGAGCCAGCAGAAACACCAAUCCAGAAGUUACUGGACACCGUGGGGAAGGGAGAAAACCCGGAAGCCGAUGAUGGCUUUUAUUGUGAGGAGUGUCUGACUCUCUUCCAGGACCAGGGUGACCCUGCUAACAUUGGUGGCCCAUCUUUCAUUCUUGACUUUCCAGCAAGCGUGGGGGUCCCCCAGAGGGCCCUCCUCACUCUUCCCUAUGGUCUGGUGAUAGGCAGAUCUAGUAUUCCCAGGGCGGGCAUUGGGGUCAUAAAUCAUGGACCAGUGGUGUCGCCGGGAAUGCAUUUUGGGCCUUAUGAGGGGGAAGUGACAACAAGCGAAAAUGCCGUGGCAAGUGAAUUCUCCUGGGAGAUUUACAAAGGAAAAAAUGAGUAUGAGUACAUUGAUGCUGCCAGAGAGUCGCACUCAAACUGGAUGAGGUAUGUCAACUGUGCUCGUAAUGAAGACGAGACAAAUUUGCUGGCAGUCCAGUACAAAGGCAGCAUCCUUUUUCACUGCUGUCGCACCAUACAGCCCGGGGAUGAGCUCAUGGUGUGGCCCAGCAGGAAGCUUCUCACCCAUUUUAGCGAAGCUUGGACCCAGACGUGGUUCACGAAGUUGAGUUCAGCAGAGAGUAAUAGAGCUGCAACAUCUCAGAUCUUCCUGUGCACCCACUGUCAGCUUUCCUUCACCACAGAGGCGUACCUCCAGCGGCAUACAGAAUACUUCCACACCCAGCCUAGAGGGGACUGUACAGCACCUGCCGCUGAGGCAGCUGAACCGGAAAAUCCCGCCUCCAACGCUGACUCGGGUCACUCGGUGGCGUCCGUGGUGGUGCUAUCCGUUGAUCCCCUCGAGUCCAAGACGUGCGGUGACUGCGGGAAAAUUUUCAAGCAAGUACCUCACCUCAGGAGGCACAAACUUUGCGUCCACUCGAACAAGCGCCCCUACUGCUGCCCACAGUGCAGGCGGACUUUUAGCCAGGCAUCCGGCUUAAUCAGACACCAGCUGGUUCACAGAAAGCAGGCUGUGCUAAAAGUUCCUAAUCAGGACAUAAUCUCCGGUCAGAAGAAAGGGAGCUCGACGCAGAGGUCGGAACUUUUUAAACCUGCAGAUCCAGCUUUAACUGGUGAAACGGAGGGAAUGAAUGUAAGUGAGAGUCUACAAGAAGCUAUGGAUGCAACCGCAACCGAGGAUACCUCUGCAGGAGAGGCAGAAACGUCCCAGUGCCAUUGUUCAGAUUGUGGAAAGAGCUUCACGAACGAAACCUCCCUCAAAAAGCAUAAGGUGACUGUCCACGAGAGGUUACGUCCAUACGUCUGCACUGUGUGUCAGAAGUGCUUUGGCCAGUACAACGACCUGACCAGGCACCUGCGGAGUCACCAGAAAGAAAAUAAAAGUAAAGGAGAAAUAAAUGGGGCUCCAGAGGAACCGAAUGCCAUGCCCUUCAGCUGUUCUGAGUGUUCACUGACUUUUUCUUCAGUGGACACGCUUCAGCAGCACAUCAGUGAGCAUCACUCCGAGGAUACCGCUGCGGAAAAUCAAGAUGAUGAUCCAGCGCCCGCUGAUGAUGAUCAAAGCCGUGAUCCUGACUUCAUUCCACAGCCCUCAGUGGCCGAAACAGUCGGGUCGAGCCAAAAGCGUCCCUCUCAGAGGCCUCAGCGACUCGGAGCUCGAUCUAGAAUUUCUGCCAUAACCAAGCUCAUUGCUCCGAAACGAAGGGCAAACGUCUGCAAGAAGCCAUCAGCCAGCCCCGCUCAGUCCGAGCAGGGCUGCACAGAACCAGAGGCUCCCGCUGUCAGGAAUGGAAGGUUAACAAAAUACAAAUGGUUCAGCUGUAAUUGCUGUAAACGAACAUAUGGAAACCCGGAUGAUCUCAAAGCACAUAAGUGCGCUUUGAGACAGCACAAGUGUGGUCAGUGUGGGGCAACCUUCAAUAAGUCUGGUUUCCUGAAAAGACACGAGCAGACGGUUCACGCGAAGAGCAAAAAAUCUCACAGCUGUGACCGCUGCGAUAAAGCCUUCACUACAUCUGGUAACCUUAAGCAGCAUCAGAAGAGCAACACUUGUAUGAAGUAUCACUGCACGUCCGAGCUCUUCCCGUGCUCGUUCUGUCAGUUCUCCUUCACCAUGAAGAGCUACCUUAUUAAACACAUCAAGAGGCACCACCCUGUGGAGUACCUAUCCCACUGCGAUUCAGACAGCCUCAUGGAUCCGCUGGAGGAGGAGGAGGAGGAGGAGGAGGGGGAAAAGGAGUAUGUAUGCCCCCACUGUGGGAAGAGCUGUGCGAGCGCCAAAGCUUUCAAAUCUCACACGUGCUUCCAGCAGGUGAAGGUCCUGUACCUGUGCACCGACUGCGGGAAGGGCUUCACCAACCACUACGGCCUGAAGCAGCAUCAGCGCAUUCACACCGGGGAGAAGCCGUACAGCUGCCCCCACUGCAGCAAAAGCUUCUCGUACACCGGCCAGCUCAACGUGCACCUCAGGACGCACACUGGGGAGAAGCCGUACCUGUGCACCCACUGCGGGGAGAGCUUCCGGCAGUCGGGGGACCUGAAGCGACAUGAGAGGAAGCACACGGGGGUGAGGCCCUACAGCUGCCCCGAAUGCUGUAAGAGCUUCAGCCGCCCGCAGAGUCUCAAAGCUCAUCAAAUGCUCCACCUGGGACAGAGAAUGUUCAAAUGCACCCAGUGCGGAAAGAGCUUUUCAAGAAACUAUCAUCUCAGGAGACACCAUCAGAAGAUGCACUUGUAAGCGGAUCACAUUGUUAGCAAGAGUUGCAGAGAAUUUUUGAAUGUCCUGUACAUAUUAUUUAAACUUGUGAAGUUUGUUUAUAGAUUAAGCAUUUAUCCAAAAAAAUGGAUCCGUUUAAAACUUUUUUUUUUUUGGUUUGUAAAUAAUGUGAAAGAGGUAAAUCUGAAUAAAUCGGAUUUUCUGCCAUUAACAAAGUAUGUUUAGUAAGACACAGUCACAUAAACAAAUGCUUAUUGUUUCACAAUGUCAACCUGCUUUGAAAUAAAAACAACCAACUUGACCGUCA